GGGCGCGUAGCACUUCUUCGCUGGACAGCAGCUGAGUCAGGGACACCAUUCGAGAGGCUCAGCCCCGAAGAGUUGCAGGCUGUCCAAACAGGGAAUAUUCUGGAGGCAAAAUCCGACAACCGGGACACUCAGGAAGACGGGAAUGAACUAGAGCUAGCAAGAACAGAAGAAUACGGAAAGAGUGAUAAGGAAAAUGAAGAACUAGCAAAAGAAAAGUGUAAGCAGCUCUAUGAAAAAACGAUUAUGCAAAAUAUUUCAUAUAUGGGUCCUACCGCUUCUUCAGCACAGGCGGAUGUGGCCGACAGCAGAGUGUUCCAGAUCGCUGUUUCUGCAUCGCCUGAUACUACCUCUUUUAUCGGCACCAAUCCUCAUAGUGCCGUUGAAAUUUCUUCAAAUAACUCCCAAUCACCCACAUCUGUAGACACCUUGAAUAUUGACAGGGUGAAAGAAGUCAGCUUGCACUCAGCAAACAUGCAAGCCGAUGGGCGUCUCAGGUCAGAGGGUGAAAAGAACCAGUUUUUGACGACUAAACGACAGUUGACCACUGGGAGGCAGAUAGGCGCUCAGUCAGGUGGAAAUUUGGUGGGAUUAGAAAAAAUGAGACCCGUAGAGGGCGAAAGGCAAGAGAAAGAAGAUAGAAAAUGCGAAAAAAAAGCAGAGGAGGAUGAAGAGGGCAAAGAAGAAAAUGAGACCAAUGCAGACGAGAAACUUAGGCCUUAUAAAGUUGCUUAA